AUGUCAAGUCUGAGAACAGCUUUAAUAUCUGAGCUAAUCCUGGAUCCUGAGCACCACGGUCUGUGAAAGUGAACAGAGGAGCGAAGCACGAUGGCUUCAGCCGGCCUGGAGAUCCUGGGGAUGCUCCUGACCGUGGCCGGGUGGCUUGGGGGGAUGGUGGCCUGCUGUCUGCCCAUGUGGAGAGUGGCGGCAUACAUAGGCCAGAACAUCGUCAUCACGCAGAUCGUGUGGGAAGGUUUGUGGAUGAACUGCGUGGUGCAGAGCACAGGACAGAUGCACUGCCGUGUCUACGACUCCAUGCUGGGGCUUCCCGAUGACCUGCAGGCUGCGCGUGCUCUGAUGGUCGUGAGUACGCUGCUCGGUGUGCUGGGCAUGACUCUGGCUGUGGCUGGGGCGAAGUGCACCAACUGCACAUCAGAUGCAGCUAACAAGCCGCGCAUUAUGCUGGCAGCCGGGGUGACGUUUAUAACGAGUGGACUGCUGCUGCUAGUGGCUGUAUGUUGGACGGCUAACGGCAUCAUCCUGGAUUUCCACAAUCCGCUUCUAGAAGAGACGCAGAAGAGGGAGUUUGGGAACUCGCUGUACUUCGGAUGGGGCGCCUCCUGCCUGCUGAUCCUAGGUGGAGUCAUUAUGACACAAGCCGUGCCGACAAGAGUGGACUACUCAGGGGUCAAAUCUAUGUCUGUGAAUAGAUAUGACAGGAGAGAUUAUAACAGAAUGGCAGCUCUGGGGUUGGAGAUAUUAGGGGUCACCCUAGCUGUGUUCGGUUGGAUUGUAGGCAUUGUGUCUUGUGCUUUGCCUAUGUGGAAGGUCACGGCUUUCAUCGGGGUGAACAUCGUAACUGCGCAGACCAUAUGGGAGGGAAUCUGGAUGAACUGCGUGGUGCAAAGCACUGGCCAGAUGCAGUGCAAAGUCUACGACUCCAUGCUGGCACUCAGCUCAGACCUGCAGGCGGCCAGGGCUCUGUGUGUGAUUGCCAUUGUGAUGGGAGUACUGGGACUUCUGCUCUCCAUUGUGGGGGCCAAGUGCACUAACUGCCUAGAGGAGGAGCGGGCCAAAGCCAGAGUCAUGAUCACCGCUGGAGUCACCUUCAUCUGCGCUGCGGUCAUGCACUUGAUCCCUGUAUGCUGGUCUGCUCACAGUAUCAUCAGAUCCUUCUACGACCCCAUAAUCAUAGAGGCACAAAAGAGGGAGAUUGGUACGUCUCUUUACCUUGGAUGGGCAUGUAGUGCCCUUCUGCUGAUUGGAGGGGGGAUUCUCUGCUGCAGCUGCCCCCCGCAGGAGGAGAAUAGGUACGGUCCACCCAGCAGGAUGGUUUACUCUGCUGCACGGUCUGUACCACCCGCUGGCUUUGACAAACGAGACUAUGUGUAAACAAACAUACUCUUUUUGUGUUGCAACUCUGUUCAUAUGUGUCCUGAACAGAGAACGUGAUGAUAUAGCACAAGACAGUGUGUGUUUCUGUACAGUGAGUUCUGCUGUUUUGCCAUUUCAUUUGUUACCAAGUUUAUGCAAGCAGUUUCGAAGAAUCGCAAGUAUUAUAUUAUUACUAAAAAUAAGCACAUGCAAAAGUAUGUUCAUAGCCACGUGUGUAUUGAUAUCGCGAGAAUGUCCUUUUUUGUAUUGUGUUACCGAUACCUAAAAUUUAAUUGUUUUAGUAUGUUUUUGUAACUUUUCAUUACAUGCAUCUAUUUGAUGUAUAACUUCACGUUCUAUCAAGACUUGUAGUCUAAUUGUGCCACAUUAACUUUAAAACACGUUAAUUCAUUAAAAAAAUACAAAUUAAUUUGUUUCUACGUUCCAUUGUUUUUGGGUCC